CAUGAUGGAGGAUCACCGACCCCUCACAUCACCAGUUAAGGAAGAGAGAACAUCACCCGAGAGAUGUCCCAGUCCUCUUCUUCCACAGGAUAAUUCAGAAGAACAUCACUAUGUCCCACAGGAUGAUCGGGUAGAUGGAUAUAAGGGCAUCAUGAUGGAGGAUCACCAGCCCCUCAUAUCACCAGUUAAGGAAGAGAUAAGAACACCAGAGAGAUGUCCCAGUCCUCUUCUUCUACAGGAUGGUUCAGAAGAACAUCACAAUGUCCCACAGGAUGAUCAGGUCAUAUAAAACCUUCCACACGACUUCUCCAACCGUCUGAUGACUUCUACAAUAUUUCUUUCACAGCUUGUGAAUCCGGGUGAAGAUCUGAACAAUAUUAAUCCUACAGAGACCUAUGUGAGGGGUGA